AUGGAAAUAUCAGCACCGACAGAGAAUUUCCAUGUGAAAUGCCGGGCUUGUUUAGACCAAGUCGACGACUUACAGUCCCUUUCAAGUAGCGAUGAUUCAACGCAAAUGACAUAUGCCGAACUUCUGAUGGAAGUAACAAAUGUUAAUAUAAUGUCAGAUUGUGCCAACACAAUUCCUGCAUUUAUUUGCAUUCAGUGUUUGCAAAAAUUAAAAUCGUCACAUUCCUUUAUAAAACAAGUGCAGGAAGCCAAUGAGAAAUACUUGGCGCUGGUAAAGGAAGUCAUAUAUGAACCAGAAGUUCCAGUCAAAGUCGAAGCACCUGACGAUGAUGAUGAGAUGGCGGCUGAAAUGUGUGAUUUAAAUAAUGGAGAAUCAGUUAUCGAUAUACCAAUUAAAACCGAACCACUUGAUAAUCCAUUGGGUAUAUUGCCCAAGGAAACUGAUGGCGAUUGGGAGAAUCGAGAUGGUGAGCAGAACAUAAAUCCUAACCACAUCAAAGAAGAGGAUGUGGAUUCCUCACAACAUUCCUUUGAAUAUGAUUCCGAAUCAAGUGACAAUGUAAAUGAUGAUGAUACCACCUACAAUACCAAUGAAUGUGACGACAAUAAUGCAGGAGAUGAUACUGAAUGUGCUGUACUCUGUUCCCAGUGCAGCAAAGUUUUUAAAAAUGCCAAAGAACUACAACGACAUUUAAGAAAUGCCCACGUUCCAGAAGAUCAAAAAUGUGCAUGCCCUGUGUGCGGUGCAAAAUAUACACGUUCCUAUAGUAUGUAUUAUCAUAUGCGUACUCAACAUGGUCCAGAAUCGGUAAAAAUUAUACUACCACCAAGAUCGGGUACAUUCCAAUGUGAAAAAUGUCCACGCAAAUAUACCCAACAGAAAUAUCUAAAACGUCACAUUAAAGAUAAACAUAGCGGAAAAGAAGAAGAAGAAAAAGAGGAAAUAGAAAAGGAUACGGACGUAUCAAAAAAUCAACCAAAAAGGCAGAUAGUAAAAAAAGAUCGCCUCUGUUCCGUAUGUGGUAGUUCAUUUGUAAAUAAAACUCAACUAAUCAUACAUAUGCGACGACACACCGGUGAAAUGCCCUUUAAGUGUGACUUGUGCGAAAAGGCAUAUCCACGGAAAUCUGAGUUAACCUAUCAUCAACGAAUACACACCGGUGAAAAACCCUAUAAAUGUACACUGUGUGACAAAUCUUUUCGUAUAUCGGCUAAAUUGAAAAAUCACAUGCGUUCCCAUACCAAUGAGAGACCAUAUAAAUGUACUGAAUGCGAUCGUAGCUAUAAAUAUUCCAAAGAUUUGAAUAUUCAUAAACGUGUACAUACGGGUGAAAUGCCCUAUUCGUGUACUAUAUGUGAUAGUACAUUUGCACAUAGUAACUUACUGAAUAGUCAUCGUAUCACACAUCAUCCUGAUGCGGAUGCUAAAAAUCUCAAAUACGGAAUUUCAUCGAAUCUGUUGAAUUCAGAUCGGCAUUUUCUGGAAUAA